AUGAAUUCAAAAAUUCUUCAGGACAAAAUCCAGGAGAUUGAAAGUCACGAAAUUGAGAUGAGACUUUUAAAGAAGAACGAGAGCAAGUCUGACAUGAGUUCUAGUGAUGAGAAGGAAAAGUCUGCAUUACAAAGCAACCAGUCAACAGUUUCACUUAAACAUUAUGAUCAACUACUAUGUGACCUUCGUUGUCCUGGUUGCACAAUGAGGCUUCAACCUCCAAUUUAUUUAUGUUCAUCAGGUCACAGUGUCUGCAGAGUUUGUCGUCUAUCACUUUCGGAAUGUCCCAUGUGCUCACGAGACAUGACAGAUAUGAGAUCAUACACGCUGGAACGUUUAUCAGGAAAAUUUCAAUUUCCAUGCAAGAAUCUACGUAAUGGAUGUAAUGUGAGGCUUCCUAUGGAACUAAUGAAAUGGCAUGAAGAGAAGUGCAUUUAUAAGAAGACGAGCUGCUUUAUGGGAAAAGUUUGGCAUGAUUGUCAUUGGGUUGGACGAGAAGAUGAAUGGCUUGAACAUUGUAAGGAUAAACAUAAUCAAAAGAUAUUGAUGAAACAGGAAGAAUUUGAAAUUAUGUGGAACUAUGAGACAUUGAAGGAUAACUCUGGUCCGAUUCUUGCUUAUUAUUUGAUUCAAAAUUACGGAGAAACUUUCAAUUUAUAUCAGAUCCAUGAAGCUAAGCACGCAACUUUGACGUGGACAGUUAUGCUAGCUGAUUACAAAGAAACGUCAUUAGAUAAGCAACUGAAUCCUGAUUUGCCAAAGUUUUCAUUCGAAAUUGAAUUCUACAACAGAAAUGAUCCACGAUUUUUACUAAUUCAACGCUUUCCAAUCCAUUUUGAGGAUUCUGAGACUUUGCUUGAUGAUGGAAAGUGCUGUAAAGUGUCAAUAAAGGACAUCCAGAGAUUUUUGGAUGACGAGAAGAAUUUGUUUUAUAAAAUUCGAAUAAUUUCAUGCAAAUUGAGAAAAGAUCGUUGGGAUGAAUUAAUUGAAAGAGCAAGAGACAGAAUGUCUGGGAAUCCUAAUGAUGCGAAUUUUGCUUUUUUUGAUGCCAGUGAUAUUGAUAGUAAUUUUGCUGAUGAUUUUAAGAGCCUUCCUGCAUCAUAUUAUUACAGAGAUCGGGAUGAUGAUUUAUUAAGGCAGAUUUUUCAACGAGAAUUUCCAGACACAGCAGAUGAAUCCACACGUUUGUUGCAAAAACCACCGAGAAAAUCUUUGGAAAAUCGAAAUAGCCAGAAUUUGAGCAAACCAAAAGAUCAUGUAGGGAAAUUAGAUUGA